AAUGAAUCUCGAUUUAUGGAAGGGUGGUGAUCAAGACAAUUCAUUCCCGUGUUAAUAGUUAUGAGCACUUAGAUGCCAUUUCUGAGCUAAUCAACCUUUUAGAAUUAACCGUUUUUCAUGUGAACACUUGUCAGAAAAUUUGAAGCAAUUUAGAUUAUUUUGAUUAAAUUUUCCAUCUAAAGUAACAAUUUGACUUGAAUUAGACUCUUAAUCUUGACCAAUACUUAUAAAAGAUGAUUUAACACAAUAUUCUCAUAUCAUUAACACAAGUCAAUCCAGUCAAUUCACUAGGAAUACUCAACAUUAGUUAUACUUUUUAACUGUGCGCCAAGUAAAAUGAAGUUGACAGUUUAUAUUCGAACCCACCAGAUUAAAUUAAUUAAAUCAUGGUUUUGUCUAAUGUCUUUUAUGGGUCUUGGUGCCUGCUGUACACUUCUGGGCUCAUCUUUACUCGACUUGCAGAUCAGGAUGAGCGAAACGUUUGCAGUAACAUCUAAUUUAGUUCCAAGUCGAUCCAUUGGAUAUUUAAUUGGUGGAAUAAUUUCUGGAAUAAUUGGUCGAUGGCUUGGAUUCAAUAUGAUUUUGUUCAUCAGCAAUUUUUCCGCUGGACUUUUCAUCGCUCUUGCUCCUUGGUUCACCUCAUUUUAUACUGUUUAUUCAUUAUUCCUGUUGUCUGGAAUAUCACAAGGAAUCUUUGAUAUCACAUGUAAUACUUAUAUACUACAGAUAUGGAAAGGUAAUCCGCAAUUAUCUAAUUACAUUCAAAUAUUGCAUGGAUCCUUUGGUAUUGGCUCCUUAUUGACGCCUUUAAUCACUCAACCUUUCUUAUUACCAUUGAAUGAAACUACAAAUGGUACAAAAGAUGAUGCUGCCAUUUUGGGCAGUUAUAAGCCAGAUGAUGUUAAAGUUCAAUAUCCAUUUUUGUGUGUUGGUUUUUUUCUGAUAAUUGCUUCAGUUGGAUUUUUAUCGUUUCAUUUCAACGAGAGAUCAAAGAAAGGUUCCAAUAGUGAUUCAGAUGAAAAUACAAGUAAUUCCAAUGACCCACCAAAUUGGAAGAAAUAUUGUGGUAUUGCUAUGCUAUCAAUCAUUGCUAACUUGACAUUUGGCAUCCAAACAUUGAUUGGCUCAUUAGGUCCAUCCUUUGCUGUUAAAUCAGAGCUUCACAUGAGCAAGCAAACUGGUGCAACUUUGGUAACCAUUUUCUGGUCCGUUUUCACAUGUUAUAGAAUCAUAUUCAUCAUUUCAUCCAAUUUUAUUCAUGAAAAUCACUUAAUGUGGAUCAGUUAUGCAUCCCUUCUGGCUAGUGUAGUCGUGAGUGUCCCUCAUGCAGCAUGGAAUCAAUUGUGUAUCUGGAUUACAAUGGUUCUUCUCGGAAUCGGAUUCUCGCCCUUAUUUACAGUCUCACUGAGUCGACUUCAAAAAUAUUUCCUCCUUUCCAAUAGUUUAGCGUCCUUCAUUUUUAUCAAUGGUUCAGUCGGUGAAUCGAUUCACCCAUGGAUUGCCUCUAAAUUAAUGGAAUCGGAUCCUGUAUUAUUUGUUUACUAUCUUGGAUUUUUAUCAUCACUAUUUGUAUUCACAUGUUUCAUCGUUCCAAUUAUAUGUGAAAGGAUUUUCAGAACGGAAAAGAAACGAGAUAACACCAGAACAGCUUCUAUUCGCUCUUGGACAAGAUAAAACCUCAUUAAUCAUUUAAUUUAUUACAUCAAGUGUUGGAAAAUUUCAAUCAUUAUUCCAAUAAGUCUACAAAGUUUGUAAAACAAGCUGAUUUGUAAUAAAUUUCAACAAUUUCCAUUGUAUUUGAGCAGUUUCAUGUUUUAAUUGUUGAUUUUUCAUUUUACAUUUGUUUUCAUUUGUAUUAUAAUUCCUCAAACUCUGUUCUUUCAACAUUAUAAAUGUAUUUCGUAUUUACUUUAUGGUUUUUUUAAUAAUAUUAGAUUAU